AACAGUAAAUCUAAGCAUAACCUAAAACUUUAUGUAAUAAUUACGAAAAGGCAUUUAUAACAGCAUUCAUUUACAUAUUCAUUUAAUUUUCUACCCUAUCACUCAGUUAUGACUGUGUAUUUAUCAAGAAUUGCGUUUAACACCAUUCGGUGCGCGACACCGAAAUGUUUUUUUACAAAGACGGUAGUCGGUUUUAUAAGUCCGAAAACUCGUUUGUUUUUGCCAAAAUAUGAUUUAUUUAGCGUUGCUGGGGUUGGGAUUGUGAGGAAUUAUUCGAAUGAUGCGAUACAGCCGACGCUACCGAUAGAAAAUGGCACAUUACCGAUUAAAAAGAAGAUUGUUCAUAAGAAGGCUAAUCCUGAAGAGUUGACUCACAAAGAGGGCCAUUACCUCACUAUGGCUUACGCUACAGCUAAUGCGUAUGAUUUGAAAAAUUUAAAAGAAGCCCUGAUCCAACAGAAGCUGUAUGAACCAGGAACGCUGAAAUCAGAUGAGUUGGGAGAUGUAGUGGUGGCUAAUGCAGUGUACAGUGUGGGUACUGAGCCCAGAGAGAUCAUAUUCUUUAGAGAAGGUGGUAUUGUGUUCUGGAACUGCACAGAGUUGGAAGCUCGCAAUGUACUGGAAUUUGUGAGGCCUUUUGAAAUAGACAGUUAUCCGCGAGAUGUGGUGGAGAAAGAAAGAGAGGUCAUGACUUACGUUUAUCAUCCUAAUGUGAAAAAGUGUCAUCUACAAGAGUCAUCAUUUGUGCUGGUGCCAAAGAGAGAUAACUCGUUGGAGAAGUACACAUUCAGUCAUGCGAUGGUGCAGUCGGCGCGGCUGGGCGCCUGGGAGUCCCGGCUCGAGGCGCUGGCCACCGCCGUCAGCUCACACACUGCCGCCAUGCAGCAUGACGGAGCUGCGCAUCUUGAUAAGAAAGAGGUGGUUCGCAAGCUAGGCGAACUGUUUUCUCUCAGACAUCGGCUGAACGUGGAGUCAGACCUGCUGGACACUCCUGACUUCUACUGGGAGGAGGAGCAGCUCGAGCGACUCUACUCCUCCACUGUCGCAUACUUCACUAUAUCCAGGAGAACUAGGGUGCUAAACGAGCGUCUCUCCCACUGCGUGGAACUCCUGGAACUGUUGUCAUCGUGGGCUGCAGACAGGCACCACGUCCGAUUGGAGUGGAUGGUGAUCGCUCUGAUUCUCGCCGAGGUCUGUUUCGAAUUGCUUCAUCUCUUCGAAAGGUGGGUCGCCAGGAGCGAAGUCGCAGACAGCUAGAACAGGCCCAUUCCAGACCCACUUCCAUCCGAAGUGGAUCUGGAAUCUGGAAUUUCCAGCGAAGUGCUUCUGGAAGUUGGAAUUUCCGACAAAGUGCUUCUGGAAUCUGGAAAUACCGAAGUAGAAUUGGAAAGUGGUUCUUUGGGUAAAUUAGAAUUAGAAAGUAGUGAUUUGUGUAGUAGUGGUCUGGAAUCGGGAAUUCUGGAAGGAAAAGCGUGGAAUGUGGUGAAAAAUGUUUAUUAUAGGGAUUGUAUGCAUAUACAUAGUUAUUAUUAAGCAUUUUGAACGAUGUUUUUUAACUUAUUAUUUCUUUAAUUAGUGUAAGUCUCAAAUGAAUCGAAAUUACAAUACACCAUUAUAAUUUUUAGACCAAAGUUUUUAAUGACAAGUUACGUUGUUGUAAGUUUAUUUAGGAAUACUUUUAAACUUUGGAAAAUAAAGUACCUAGUUGUUUAAAUUAUUUGUUAAAUUUUAGACCGCUAAAAUUAUUGUUAUCUGAUUGUUAUUUGUGAUAACAGUAGUUAAUUGUUAUUUCGACUGCUUAAUAGAUUAGAAAUAAGUAUAAAUUCUUAUACUAAGGUAAUAUUAGCACUUAAUAUUUAAUUAGUUUGGUAAGUAUGUACUUUCUAGUGUUAUAAAAGCAAACGUUACAUGCCAUGCCCCAAAUAUUGUCCAGUUUUUUAUGAAUUUUGGCAAACAGAUACUUUGAAAUGUAUCUGGUUUUAAUUUGUGAUAUUUUUUGGCAAUAAUAUCAAUUAUAAUGGGAUAAAAAAUAACGCAACCGAAGCGGGCAUUAUGUAGAAUAUGUUUAUUUAUAUAAUCUACAUUUGUUUAUUUUACAAAAAUUUCUGCGCCUGAUAAAGAUUGCUAGGAAGUUUAACUCCACAGAGAUUUGCUCAUCGAAUGUUAUCAGGCGUUCGUACUUCUUGCUGUAGUUUUAACCCCAAAUAUUUAAUAUAUAUUACUAUAAAGUAUUACUGGGUUUUAAAAAAAUCUCAGUAGUAGCACGGAGUC